AUGUUCUCACAGUCAGCUCGCCGGAUCACACCGGCCAUGGUGUCCUUGCAGUCUGCUCGGGCCCCCGUCGCCCGACGCGCCUUCACAACAACCCCAGCGACAUUCAACACACCCAGCUCACCUGAAAAACCAAGUGCCUACAAGCAAGGAAUGAACCAGUAUCGCACCUUCGCCAGCCCCUUCGCCAAGGUUUUCCUCGGCGGCGUCUUCGUCUACCAAGUCCUUUACUGGACCUGGUUGAAGUUGGAGAUGGACGAGACCAAGGUGGAGAAAAAUGAACAAGCGGCCGUGCUAGAGAAACAGGCACGAGAGAUGACCCAACCCAAAUCCGAGAAAUAA